GACACGGGGCAACCCUGCGCCAAUCAGUUUGGCGCAGUUGGAACGCGGAGGAUGGGACAUGCCACGCCCCAACACAAUGCCGCAGGGUGAGGCCUGCCAGCGAUUGCGGCGGCAGCUGCAGGAAGCGCAGGAACAGUCGGAAUCUAUGCGCUUGGAUGCUGAUGUAGGGAUACCGUUGCACUUUUCUGGCUUGCUGAACUUGUCGCUACAUGCCAAGUUCUUCGUGCUCCGGCCACCGCCGGAGCUUCGGCAGCUGCGGGGCCGGGCCUUGGAGUGUGAAUACUUCGGACACAUGUACAGCUUCGAGUACAUGUACACAGACUUUUUCGAGAUGAACCGUCAGUUCCUUGCCAAUUCGGCAGAGGAAGCGGACUUCGUGGUGCUCGAGCACUGCGUCACGUAUGCGUACCAUGUCCUUAGGUACGGAGCCGGAUUCAACACAGUGAAGCUGACAUGGGAAGCAUUGAGGAUAGCGCAGGAAUCCUACCUUUUGCCAUUGAUCCAUUGGGCCGAGACCACGCCGGCUUACCAGAAGACACAGGGCAGGAACUUCGUCAUCGUUUUCGCCAUGGACAAGGGGCGAGUUGAUUACCCGAUGGCAUCAAGGGCCACCCAGCACUGGCAUGCCAUUACAACUGUUGGAAAUGGCACGACUUGGAUGAAGAGGAACCAGCCGUGGUUGCGGCCGGAAUCGGACUCAGCGCCUGAUCCCUGCAAAGGCCGGAGCAGUACGUCGAAGAGGCGCCUCGUUUACUACGAGCAGGACGUCGUGGUGCCCGUGCCGACGAGCUUCGAGUGGACACCGGAGGCCCAGCAGACUGAAGAUCGGCACCUGCUCGUGUUUUAUGCGGCAUCUCCGAACAGCUGUAUCCGAAGAUCAAUCGCGAGCCAGCUUGCUGCAUCGGACGAUGCAGAGGUGCUCGUCAUUCCGAAGCCAAUUCCUAAGAAGCCUUGGAGCGACUUCCUCUUCCGGUCCAAGUUCUGUUUUGUCCCGGAUGGGUUCUCCUCCAUCUCGGCAAGGCUUUACGAGGUUCUGUUGCAUGGCUGUGUGCCGGUGCUUCUGACCCAUGCCUUCCAUCCGCCCUUUGAAACUCUCAUUGAUUGGCGGCGGAUCGCCGUUUUCUUGCAUAACAGCCAGGUGGCCGAUGCACCUGCAAUCCUGCGCAACAUUUCACAAGAGGAGUACCUCUCAAUGCACAGGCAGGUAACUCGUGUCCAGCGCCUUCUGAAUGUUCAUGAUAUGCCUUUCUGGAUAGCUACGAACAUGGAGUUGAUGCAGCGCAAGCAAGAGCUAGGCUGA